UCCGGCGCCCUGGUCCCGCCCCGACGUCGGCGGUGACGGAAGUACGUCGGGGGUGACCUCACCCUCCAACAUGGCGGCGGCGGUAGAUUAGAGCCACGGGUCGAAGCAGCAACCGCCGCUGGGGGACCCUAUCGGAAGCAACUGCCGCCGCCGCCGCCUCUUUCAUCUCUUCUGGGGUAGGGGCCAGGGCCAGGUCUGACACAUCUGUAAGUAGACCUCUUGGGAACUCUGUCAGCCAAAUCAAUGGCGUCUUCUACUACAGUACCUCUAGGAUUUCACUAUGAAACAAAGUAUGUCGUUCUCAGCUACUUGGGACUCCUCUCUCAGGAGAACCUGCAAGAGCAACAGCUUCCCUUACCCCAAGGGGUUCAACUAGAUGUAGCUUCACAAUCUCUGGACCCAGAAGUUUUAUUAAAAGUUAAAUCUGAAAUCGAAGAAGAACUAAAAUCCCUGGACAAAGAAAUUUCUGAAGCCUUCAUCAGCACAGGCUUUGAUCGUCAUACUUCUCCUGUGUUCAGCCCUGCUAACCCAGAAAGCUCAAUAGAAGAUUGCUUGGUCCAUGUUGGAGAAAGAGUGUCCCAAGAACUGAAAGAACCUCUGCAUAAAGCAUUGCAAAUGCUCCUCAGCCAGCCAGUGACAUAUCAGGCAUAUCGAGAAUGUGUACUGGAGACUGCAGUUCAUGCCAGCGGCUGGAAUAAGAUUUUGGUGCCUCUGAUUUUGCUACGACAGAUGCUUUUGGAGUUGACAAGACGUGGUCAAGAGCCUUUGAGUGCACUGCUGCAGUUUGGCGUGACGUAUUUGGAGGACCAUGCAGCAGAAUACAUCAUUCAGCAAGGUGGCUGGGGCACUGUCUUCAGUCUUGAGUCUGAGGAGGAGGAGUAUCCUGGCAUCACUGCAGAAGACAGCAAUGACAUUUACAUCCUGCCCAGUGACAACUCUGGACAGGUCAGCCCCCCAGAGUCUCCAACUGUAACGACCUCUUGGCAGUCAGAGAGCCUGCCUGUCUCAAUGUCAGCAAGCCAGAGCUGGCAUACAGAAAGCCUCCCAGUGUCCCUAGGUCCUGAGUCCUGGCAGCAGAUUGCAAUGGAUCCUGAAGAAGUCAAAAGCUUGGAUAGCAAUGGAGCUGGAGAGAAGAGUGAGAACAACUCUUCCAACUCUGAUAUUGUGCAUGUGGAGAAAGAAGAGAUCCCUGAGGGUGCGGAGGAGGUGGCUGGGGCUGCUGCCCUGCCAGCCAGGGAGCCACAAGAGGUAUUGCGUGGAGCCCCUGCUCCCUUGAUUUCACACAUCACUGCCACUUCUUUGCUGCAGACAAGGGAACCUGACCCGGAAGUGAUCUUGAUUGAGGAAGUCAGCCCUGCUCCAUCUCUGUUUGUAGAACUCAGUGAAGAAGAGGUGAGAGCAGCCACCAUGGAGCCUCAUGACGUGGAUGAGGGGGUGCCCCCUGCACCACUAAGCAAAAAGGAGGCCCCUGUGAGGAAGGAGAGGCUCCGCGGGGAGUCCCCCCCUGCCCAGGAGGUGAAGGCCCUCCCUGUGCCUGAGGGCAAGUCUAUACUGCUCUUUGGAGGGGCUGCAGCUGUGGCCCUCCUGGCAGUGGCAGUUGGAGUCGCCCUGGCUCUGAGAAGAAAAUAGUGGCUUGUUCAGAAGAGAAGGAAGAUGAAAAAGGUCUAAGAUUGUAGUUGUAUUAGCUGGAAUUUGAGCUGCCAGCAUCUGAUUGGAUAUUUAUGAAACACGCCGAGAGAAAUGGGAAUAUCUACCCAACAAGCAGUGACCUGAUCCACACACUGGGGCUGGUGGUAGAUAGAAUGCAUUCACUAUGAUCUCAUCAUCAGUUCCAAGGUCCUUGGCUCAUGCUAGAGCUUUACUCAGAAUCAUGAGUAAAGUACUUCUGUAGAACAGGGUUUCUUGGCGUUUCGAUGAUCCCGUUAGAGAGGCCAUCCUGUUUACUGGAGGAUGCUAGCAGCAUCCCUGGCCUCUGCCCACCCCAACCCAGUGAGGAAACCAAAAAUGUCUCAGACAUUGCCAAAUGUCCCCUGUGGGCAAAAUCACCCCUUUGAAGGCCCAGUGCUUCAGAGGGAAAGGGUUACUCUCCGGAAACCUGGGCUAGAAAGUCCCAGACUUAGCUGUGGAGUUUGUUCUGUCCUGAUGAAUGGCCUGUGUUCCACAGCUGCUCCUCUUUUGCCUCCUCUUCCCCCACCAUCCUGUAGUGUAAGGGCGCUGUCCCUUUGUCGUACCACCCCUCAGGUAUUGUACUGCUCUUCUCCCUACGUCUGGCUCUGAUCCGUGGGAGAGAGCUCACCCGCCCCAGGCCUCCAGGAGUCCCUGAGGCUUCCUAACAGCUCCACUUUGCAGAGAUGCUGCCUUUAUGAAUCUUGAAAGAAUUAAAUACACAAAUGAUAACAAAAAAUCAGGCCAGGGUUCCCUAACCUGUAAGUUACUGGCUGCAGAGAUGUCUGUCUUUAGAGGCAGGGGGUGACCUGACUGACCUGCGGGGCCUCUUCAAGCCCUUUUGUCAUUGUCACCCCCACUUCCCUGUAGUAACUGACUUGCCGGCAUGUCGGGGGUCGUGUGCUGCUGUCUGGCCCUGGGUCAGGACAUUUCUUCCAGUACCUGGCCUGUCCCAGGACUGGCCAUCUAAUCUAGCUCUGUGGGUCUCUUACUAUGUGGUAAGCGAGGAUUGUCAUCCUCAGACUUACAGAGCAAAUUGGGACAUAUUAACUGUGCUAUCAGUGAAAUAAAAUAAGCAUUUUAUCAGUCCCAAAUAUCACUGAAAUUUAAAGUGAAAAUAAAAAGCUUAAACUUCAAGUCUGAGGCUACUGUGAGGUUCUAGUUUGGCCUUCACCGUACGGAGGCCUCUUUACCUGAACGCUUCACGAGCCUGAUGCCAGGGCAAGAAGCUGGAGGGGACCCAGGCCACUGUGUAGUUGAGGAGCAGCAUGGCUGAUCCCAUCCCUCAGGAGAGUGGAACUGUGUCCUUUCACGCCUGAGGGGCACAGUGACUGCAGGGCCCACAAGCUUGAUAAGAGGUCAUCUCAAAUUUAUCUUAAGUCGAUGUAACAAAUUACUUUUUAGGUCCUGAAAUUUAUAAUAAAACUAUUUUAUCUACCCUGAUCACUAAGACCUGACGUUUUGAAUGUUUUCUUUUUGAAAUUAAUUUUUUAAAAUAAAAUCUCCCUAAAGCAAUACUUUUAAAAGCCGGUUAAGAGGAGACCCAGGUGUAUACUUGUGUUUUACAGACCUGUUAUCCACCUUGUCUCUUCUGAAUCUCAGUGUCCAGUUAGGGAGAGAUAGAUACAGUGGGACGCAGUCCACAAACUCUUUUUGCAAACAGUUUAGUUUGCCAACAAGCAUUUGACAAAAUUUUGUUUUUGUUUGCAAACUCUGCGUCGGGUGACACACACAUCCACAGCCAUCACAAAGGUGGCCAUCUUCUCCAAAAUUGAAGACAAAAUGAAGUUCGUGAACUGAAGUACCACUGUGUAAGGGUUGGGUGUAUCUUGAUGUAAUGUGGCUAGAGGUGAGGGAAGUAAUGUUUUCUCCUUGGACUCUGCUAGUUGUGCAGGAUUAGUGUGUACUCUAAUUGUUAUAUUUGUGUUUGCAUAGAAUAAGAGCAGAGAGACUGGUAAAUUCCCUUGAUUUUUUUCAAAAAUCUUUUCAUAACAAAGUAUUUUCCUUCCAGUGUUAACUCUGGGUCCUCACAACUAUUGACUGAAUACAUUUAAGUAGUAACAGAAGUUUGGUGGUUUUGUGAGCUGCUAAGAGGCAAUAAAUAUGUGGCUUAGGAUAUUUUUGGUCUAUAUUUUCUACCAAGGCAAGAAUAAGGAAGGCAUGUGUUGAGUUGGCACUUGCUGUUUUUUUAUUUUCCCACCUGUUUUGAACAUUAAAGUAUUUUGGCUAAGUGUAUUUGGGGGUGAUGGUAAAUACUCUCUUCCACUGACUUUCCCAAGUGAUAGGAUUUCAGAAACUGUUCUUUCUUCGCUUUCUUCUUUUCUCCCCUGGCUGAGGGACCACAGUGAGGACAGCUCCUGGGUUUCGCUAAUACAUAUUUUAAAAUUACUUCUCAGGUCCCUCUCCUCCCUUUUAGGGGCUGACAGGAGGCUCUUCCUUCUCAUUCCCUGACUUACAUAAUAUCUAACAAUCUAUCAGAAUUAAGAAUAUCACCCCAUUUGUCAUUCUGCAUUCUUUGUGAACGUACAGGGAAAGUUUUACUAGUUCUGUAGAUUUUUUUUUUUGGCAGCUGGGGUCUUCUAGGGCCUUGUCCAUUUUAAGCACAUGCUCUGCCACUAAGCUACACCCUUGGCCCUCUGUAGAACUCUUCUUAACUGCUCCAUUGAAUGUCUUGAUUUCUUAUCACUUGGCAUAAAGCUAGUGAAGGUUUCCUAAGAAAAAUACAAGGGUUAAAGAAUGUCAGCUUACCCUCUGUACUACUGUGGUGAUUCAGAGCCCACAGACCUGUGCCUUAGGAGGACACUCAGGAUCUCUACUGCUCUCUAGGGAAUAUUCUUGGUCAGGGAACACGACAGUAGACCUGAUUUGUGUGUCCCCCACCCCAGGGCACCCCUGAUUCUUCCGCUUGCUGGUGUGCCUGUCCAUCUCAUAGCAAAUGCAGUUUGGGGGGACUCAGCGAACUCAGAGAUGUGUUUUGAACCACAAUCAGGCUUUGUGCCAGUUUUAUCUGAUGAUACAGAAGCAAUGCCAGCUCCUUGGCUUUUUCUCUAAAGGUUGUGUGUGUGUGAGACGUGGACAUUUGACUUUUGGAUUAAGAGCCAUUUCAUAGAAAUAAAAGAUUUUGUAGGUAAGAAUUUUUUCCUUUCUCUUAAUUUCUUUUUUUUCUUUUUUUGG